AGAGAGAGAGAGAGAGAGAGAGCGAGCACAGAGAGAAGAAACUCCUCUUCCUUCUCUUUUGGCUUUUUAACUUUCUUUCCAUUUCCAAAAUUAAUGCUCCAAAUCUCAAAAAUCCGUAAAAAAUACAAUCCCAAAUUUCUCUCUCUUACCACUCUCUCUCUCUCUCUCUCUGUCUCUCUCUGUGUCUGUUUGUCUCUGUUUUCUCACAUCGAUCUAACCACCAAUCCCUCGUUCCCACGCGACACACAAUUCCAACAAAUAAGAACCAGUGAUUCCUCCACUUCCAGAAGAUCGCUGUGCAAUUGGUUGCCCAAAUUCUUAUUUCUAGAGUUUGAUUAUUCAUUUCUUUUGGAUUGAAUUUGUCGGAUUUUUUUUUUUGGGGGGGCUGAGAUUUGGGGUUCUUUGAAUUUGUUCUUGUGGGUAAUUUUGAUCUGGUGGAAAAAUUCAAGCUUUUGACAGUGGGGUGAUAAAUGGCGGCUCCGAAUAUGGAUCAGUUCGAAAAUUACUUUCGGAGAGCGGAUUUAGAUGGAGAUGGAAGGAUCAGCGGAGCUGAAGCUGUCGCUUUCUUUCAGGGUUCGAAUUUGUCUAAACAAGUUCUUGCUCAGAUAUGGAUGCAUGCUGAUCAGAGAAAAACCAGUUUCCUUGAUCGAGCAGAAUUUUAUAAUGCUCUCAGACUUGUAACUGUUGCCCAAAGUAAGCGGGAAUUAACGCCUGAUAUUGUCAAGGCAGCUUUAUAUGGUCCUGCUGCAGCGAAAAUUCCCCCUCCCCAAAUUAAUCUUCCUGCCACUCCUGCACAUCAAUCAAAUUCAAUGCCUAUCACGUCUUCCCCACAAAUGGGAUUAGCUGCACCAGCAGCAUCUCAAAAUUUUGGAUUCGGGGGAUCGGGUGUCCCUAAUGCAGGUAUCAACCAGAACUAUUUUCCUCAGCAAAAUCAAUCUGUCAGACCACCUCAAACCAUGCCUGCUGGUACUGCUUCGCGUCCACUGCAAGCCAUGCCUACUGUUACCUCCUUGCAUCCACCACAAGCCAUGCUUACAGGUACUGCUUCCCGUCUGCCACAAGCAACACUUACAGGUACUAAUACCCAUCCACAACAAGCCAUGCCUACUGGUACUCCUUCCCAUCCACUGCAAGCUAUGCCUACUGGUACUGCUUACAAUCCACUGCAAACCAUGUCUACUGGUGUUGCUUCCCAUCGUCAAACCAUGCCUACUAGUACUGCUUCCCAUCCACCACAAACCAUGCCGACUGGUACUGCUUCCCGUCCGCCACAGGGUAUAUCAGGAAGUAUGACAGCUUCCAGUUUCCUGGGCUCUAAUGUCUCCAAUGAUUGGUUCAGUGGAAGGACUGGAGCACCUCCAAGUGGAUCUGUUGGAAUCAAUCCUUCAAUGCCCUCAUCUGCACCCCAACUACAACCUACGGUUUCCACAUCUCCGCAAGCAACAGUUCAUGAUUCCAAAUCAGUAUUUGUCUCUGGAAAUGGAUUUUCAUCCACUCCAGCUUUUGGAAGCAAUUUGUUUUCUACGCAACCCUCUCCAGCAAAAGAAGAGCCGUCCAGGUCAACUGAUUCUGUGAGUAGUGCACCUACCUCAUCAGCCAUUGUUCCAGUUUCCAGUGGGCCCCAAUCUUCUAGUAAAAACAUGUCUCUUGACUCGGUGCUAAGUGCAUUCUCCACUCAGCCUGUUAAUAAUCAAUUUCAGCGGCCCCAGGCAUCUUUGAAUCCAAGCCAACAGGUUUCAGCCCCAGGUUCUUCCUCUUUGGUUUCAUCUGGGAUAUCAGUUGGUGCUGGAUCAUCUACUUCUGACAACUCACAACCUUCAUGGCCAAAGAUGAAACCGUCUGAUGUUCAAAAAUAUGCAAAAGUGUUUAUGGAAGUAGACACUGACAGAGAUGGGAAAAUAACUGGUGAACAGGCACGCAAUCUAUUUACCAGUUGGAGAUUACCAAGAGAGGUCUUGAAGCAGGUAUGGGACUUGUCUGAUCAGGAUAGUGACAGUAUGCUUUCUUUGAGGGAGUUCUGCUUUGCCCUCUAUUUGAUGGAGCGAUAUAGGGAAGGCCGCACUCUUCCAUCUUCUCUUCCAAGUAACGUUUUGUUUGAUGAGACACUUGUGAAGAUGACAGGUCAACCUAAAGUCGCUUAUGGAAAUGCUGCUUGGGGUGUCAGUCCUGGUUUCGGACAGCAACAAUUGAUGCAAGGUGGCCACCCAUUGGCACCUGCCAACCAUAUGAGGCCGCCAACGCCGGCAAAUGUCCCCAAACCUGAUGGAGUGUUGCAUCCCAGUCAACCAAAGUCAAAUGCGGUGUUGGAGGGUUCAUUUCUGAACCAACAUGAGAAUGGGGACCAUCAAGCCCCAAAGACAGCAGGAAAAAAGGUUGAAGAAAAAGAGAAUGUGAUACUGGACUCAAGAGAAAAGAUUGAGUUCUACCGCUCAAAAAUGCAGGACCUUGUACUGUACAAGAGCAGAUGUGAUAAUAAAUUAAACGAGAUAACAGAAAGGGCAUCUGCAGAUAAGCGUGAGGCCGAGUUUCUGGGUAAGAAAUAUGAAGAGAAAUACAAGCAAGUUGCAGAAAUAGCAUCUAAAUUAACUAUUGAAGAAGCCACAUUCCGCGAUGUUCAGGAGAGGAAAACGGAGUUGCAUCAGGCAAUUCUUAGAAUGGAACAAGGAGGCAGUGCUGAUGGUAUUCUUCAGGUCCGUGCUGAUCGUAUACAAUAUGAUCUUGAGGAGCUGGUGAAGGUUUUAACUGAGCGUUGCAAGAAACAUGGAUUAAAUAUUAAGUCAACUGCAAUAAUUGAGCUCCCAAUUGGCUGGGAACCUGGAAUUCAAGAAGGAGCAGCUGUUUGGGAUGAAGAGUGGGAUAAGUUCGAAGAUGAAGGAUUUGCAAAUGACCUCACACUUGAUGGGAAAAAUGUUUCUGGCUCUCCAACACAACAGUCCCCUUCUGUUCAGAGUGGAAUACUUUCACCAGAUCACAUCUCAACACCUGAUUCAUCAUCAUUUGCUGAUGAAAAGGCAAGGUAUUCUACGAGUGCUGGUGAGCAUGCCCUUGAGAGUGAAUCUGCAUUCAGUCAUAGUGAGGAUGAAUAUGCAAGAAGCCCUCGUGAUAGUCCAGCUGGCAGGGCUGCAUUUGAUAGUCCAUCCAAAGUGUUUGCAGAUGCUCAAUAUGAAAAAACCUUUGAAACAGAUGCAGAAGGACAUAGUUUUGAUGAGUCCACCUGGGGUGCCUUUGACAACAAUGAUGAUGUCGACUCAGUAUGGGGUUUUAACCCUGUCAAAACCAAGUACUCAAAUUCAGGGAAGCACGCAGACUUAUUUGGAUCUAGCAGUUUUAGUGUUGACCCAAUAGGGACAGGAUCUCCAAAUGCAGAUACCACCUUUCAGAGAAAGAGUCCCUUUAAUUUUGAAGAUUCUGUUCCCAGCACUCCACUUUCUAGGUUUGGCAACUCGCCGAGGUACAGCGAGGCUGGGGAUCACUUUGACAAUUUCUCAAGGUUUGAUUCCUUCAGCAUGAAUGAUAGUGGAUAUUCACAGCAGCCAGAUAAGCUCUCUAGGUUUGAUUCCAUAAGCAGCUCCAAAGACUUCAAUCCUCUCUCAAGAUUUGAUUCCGUUAACAGCAGCAGAGACUUCGGUGCCAAUGCUUUCUCAAGAUUUGAUUCCAUAAACAGCAGCAGGGACUUCGGUGCCAAUACAUUCUCAAGGUUUGAUUCCAUGAACAGCAGCAGAGACUUUGGUGGCAACAAGCAUACGAGGUUCGACUCCAUAAGCAGCACACAAGAUUUCAGCCAUAGUGGUGCUUUCUCUUUCGAUGACUCAGACCCAUUUGGCUCCUCUGGUCCAUUUAAAGUCUCCUCUGAGAAUCAAACAGCAAAGAAAGGUUCUGAUAAUUGGAGUUCUUUCUAGAAAGUAGGCAAUAUUUUCUAUUGUUGACAAUAUAUUUCCUGAAACCCCUUGUAUUUUCCCCAUUUUGUUCAAAGGGUAAUUCAUGGUAGCCAUUUUUUGUGUGUUGUAUAGCUUGGGAGAGUUAGCUGCAUCAGUUUUAUCGUUGUUGUUGGUGUGCCGUUAUUGUAUUUAUUUGAGCACGAUAUAUUUGUUUGUUUCAUUUUUUCCUUCUUUUUUGGGGUAUGAAAGAUUGCUGCAAGGAAAAAUAAAUACAAAUAUUUAUCAAAGUUCUCUUUUUCUUCUAUUA